GCAGUCCAUGCAGUACAAGACACAGAGGCCAGACCCAUCGCUAAGGUUUUGAAUUACCGUACUUUCUUUUUUCCUUUUUCCUUUCAUCUCCCAUAGUACAAGAGUAACUACAGUACGGACAAGUCAACAAGAAACAGAGGGGGGCAGUGUGGGGUGGGACCGACUGGCGUUCAUCCACUCGCACCUCGCACCUCGUAACUCGUAACUCGUAACUCCGAAAUCCCCAGAUCAAAUCCAUUUAUUAUUAUUAUUAUAUUCGUGACUGUGCAACUAACUCGAGGUUGGAACCACAAACCACAAACCACAAACCACACUACACUGAUGUCACUGAGCUAUGAUCAACUUCUUUGGCGCCAUGCCAUGUCCAAGUGUACACCCAACCUAGCGCUUUCUGUGCUGUGUCAGCAGAACAUUGCGUAGUUAGUCAGCAGCAUGCGCUCUGGCUUUCCCGUCGUCGCCGCCGCCCCCCCUUCGAUCUUCAAACCACCCAACUUCAACUCCCGCUGCCGUCUCACUGCUGCUCUCCGCCUUCUCUCGUCUCUCGCGAGCGGCAUGGCCUCGUCGACUCAUUGACCUGACUUGUCAUAUCCUGCCCGUCUGCUGCGCUAUUCUUAUCCUGUGCUCCUCCACGAGUCUUGCUUUCGUUGAGUUAAUGGUUGGUUCUUCGGGUUUACUCCACCGCCUAAUUCGAGCCGCCUAAGGACUUUAACGCAGCGCAUCCUUAUCGAGAUACACACCACACCACACACUUAAUUACAAUGACCCACACGUACGCCAUCCACCCUUAACGGCGACCGGACCUUUUAGAUGAAAACGGCCUCUCUUCCCACUCCCCAACCUAAAUAAAUGCUUUAGGGCUUUCCGCGAUUUCCAGCCAUCAUCAUUUACUUGUCCACCACCGGCCCGCCAGACACCCGACCCCUCCAUUCAGCCUCGUGCACCAGAUUACCGCCCUUCGUUAUCCUCCAGAGCCGCUCGCUACCUUCUCCUCAUCUACCUCGUUCCCAUCUGCAUCUUUGCCGCUACAUCCUCUCUUCCUUAGCUUUAGUGGCUCAUGCGAUUUAUCUCGCGUAGCUCUGUUGCUGUUUUGGAUCAGUAUAUAACCACGACAUUUUGGCCCCUGACCAAACGCUCAAACCAUUUUUUGCGACCUUCCCUCUUCCCCUACCGUCCAAAUAAUUACUAGCCUAUCUACAAUCCUCUGAUUUCAUCCACAUUGCCGGCGAAAAAACCACUCCGUGGUACCAUAUCGCAAUGGCCACCGGCGAUUCACACCCAGCGCCUGGGGUGCCUGCCCGCGACCUUCCUCGGUCAACAGCACAUCAACAACAAAAUUCAGUUCCACACGGCACGAUAUCCCCGCCAUCAAAAAGAGAUCUAACCUCGUGGUGGAAGCAAUUCGUGCGAAAUACAAAGAAAGAUGGGGAACCAGGCCAACAAACCGGUAUUUUUGGCGUACCGCUCAAUGUUAGCAUAAAAUAUGCAAAUGUCGCAAUUUCUCUCGCUGGUGAAGAUGGAUCCAGUUUUAUAUAUGGAUAUGUUCCUAUAGUCGUCGCGAAAUGUGGCGUGUUUCUUAAAGAAAAAGCUACGGACGUCGAAGGGAUUUUCCGGUUAAGUGGAUCUGCUAAACGCAUUAAGGAUCUACAAGAAGCCUUUGAUUCUCCCGAUCGCUUUGGUAAGGGUCUCGACUGGACCGGAUAUACCGUGCACGAUGCCGCCAAUAUCCUUCGUCGAUACCUAAAUCAGCUUCCAGAGCCAAUCGUACCCUUAGACUUUUACGAACGGUUCCGAGACCCGCUACGCAAAUAUCAAGCUCAGGCUGUGGAAGAGAAGGAUGCCGCCCCUGCCAAUGAGGAGGAACCGUUCGAUCAUGCCAAAGCAGUGGUUACGUAUCAACAGCUGAUUAAAGAACUUCCUCCACUAAACCGGCAGCUAUUACUUUAUAUUCUCGACCUCCUGACAGUAUUUGCAUCCAAAUCUGAAGUCAACCGCAUGACUGCAGCGAACUUGGCGGCUAUUUUCCAACCGGGACUGCUGUCCCAUCCGGCCCACGACAUGGCGCCGAAAGAAUAUAAAUUGAGCCAGGAUGUGCUGAUAUUCCUCAUUGAAAAUCAGGAUAAUUUCUUGUUUGGCAUGACGGGCACUGCUGCUGAUCCACAAACAGUCAAGGCUAUGCAGGCUGGAAAUGCCACUAAUAGUACCCUAUCAAAUCUCAGACGGUCGACCUCGAAUGCAAGCGGAAAGGCUGAUAGUAUACGAAAAAUCGAUGCGCUCCGACGAAAUGUGUCCGUUUCAUCAAAACAUUCGAAGACCUCCAACUUUGAUUCAGCAAGCCCUACAACACCCAACUCAGCCGGUGGGGGGUCGCUAGGCGUACAUCGUAGCAACACCGUGCCUUCGAAAAAACUGGCAGCGGUAUCUCCUACACGCUUUACCCGCCCUCGUGAAUCAUCAGGCCCUGGCUCCGGUCACCUCUCUCCAUCUGCUCGCUCCCGACCUCAAUCACGGUCACCUAGUCAAACUCCUUCCCUUAAAGUACAAGGUGCUCCUGACAAAACGAUUCCCGAGUCUCCGUCGCCAUUGAACACAAACCACGGGCUGGGUUUAGUACAAAGCAAUAUGCCCUCGCCUCUCGGUUCCCCGGAUGAACAGGCCGUGCCGUUCGAGCUAGGUUCCAAACCAGGUACCCAACCAUUAGCGGGAACGUUUACGAAAGAAAGGAAACUAGCUUCAUUAUUCAAGUCUACCCCACCGGAGGGCGACAGAAAGGAUGGGCGACAGCCCAACAGAUUGAGGAAGAAGCGCCCAGUUCCUGGAAGCGCGAGCGAAAGUGCCAGGAGCUCUAGUCACUCUUUGCAGGUUGGAUCUGAGCCCUCCUUGAGUACUUUAGUAUCACAAGCUGUAGCGGAUAAGCGGGAAGCUCCAGAGGAUCAGUCACACAUGUGGACUCCCAAAUUAACAAAUUCCGCUACGACACCUGCCGCCGAAACUAUCCCCCAGCCAACCGGGGAAUUAAAGCAAGCAGUGCAUGCAUCUCCGGAGAGCACCCUGAAACCCGGAAGGUCGAGGACCCCAUCGAUGCACUCGCGUUCAUCUGUGACGGACCAUUCUGAUUUCGACCAUCAAGAUGAUUCUACCAUACAAAAGAAAAAGGCCCAUAGACGGAGUUGGAGACACCCUCGUGGGGUCAAGCGACGUGAACGGACGGACAUGAGCAUGUCGCCGCCACCUCCUAUUGGAUACAACUCAAAUGCAGCCUUCAGCAGUAGCUCAUUAGGAAGCACAAAUUGGCCACAGAAGACCGCCUCCAAUGAGUCCCGCCAAAUAAGCCCCGAAACUUCCGCAACCGGAACGAUAGAUUCCACCACUACCACUACACAACCCCCACCCUCAUUAACAACCCAAGACUCGAGUAUUAGUGUAAGCAGCAACUUAGUGAAACCAUCCAACUAUGGCCAUCAAAGCAAGGAACCAGUUGAGUCGGAAAGAAAGGGCUUCUUCGGGAAAUUCAAGGCCAAAGUUGCAGGCGUAAAGGAAGGGGUGAAAGAGCGUGAGGUGGAGAGGGAACGGGAGUACGCGAAAAGCCCACCACUCUCUGACGGCGAAAAGACGUCUUCUAGGCAUAACCUAUCCAUCCUGCCUCCCAAGGAAAGCAGAGAAAGCAAAGAGAGCAAGGGGACUACAUUGACAGAGCCGCCCACAGAGCCACGGGUCACCCGCCCGGCGGAAAUUCUGGAAUCUUCACAGCCGCCAGUGACGGCGGCGGCGGCAGCAACUCGAGCAGCAGCUCCUCCCACACCUCAACCCUCUCCGCCCCUUACAAUGGUAUUCCCCGGCUCGUUCCCGGAACCGACGAUCCCAGAGGAAACACCCCCCUGGCCCGUUACAGAAGCGCCAAAAGAUAGUGGUGUCACCGUUCUCCCGAAGGUGGAGGAGGAUGAGUCGCAAUCACCACCACAACCUUCGCCAUCUACGGCGGAAACAGUCAAAGUGGCGCCUGCUCCACAGCUGGGAACAGUCGUGGAGAAUCAGCAAUCUUCUCCGGAGCCAUCAUCGACGAUGUCAAUGUCUAAUGCAUAAUUUCCUUUCCUUUUCCUUUUUCUAUUUCUUCAUUUUGUACGCUUUUUCUCUAUUUAUUUUCCUCACUUUCCUCCGCAUUUUCUUUCUUUCUCUCUUUUUUUUUUUUUUUUUUUUUUUUUUUUUUUUUUUUUUUUUUGGCCAUGCUGAAUAAAUAUCACGAGUUGCUUGUUUAUUUUAUGUGUAAUAACUAAGUAAUAUAGAGAACGUUUGAAUGAAACUUAAAGAGGGAGGAAAUGAAUUCAUAUUUUUUUUGAGUUGAGAUUUUUUCAUUUUAGCUUCUUCUCUAAAUAUGCGUAAAGAACACUAUUGUAAAAGGAUGUGGUUAUUUAUUUUAAUUCUCUCUGUGCUGUAUUUCUUUCUGUUUAACUCUUAUAUAAUGACAGCACUACUGCUCCGCUGCUGGUUGUAGAAAAAGAAUUACUCGGAUACCUCUUUUUCUUGUUUUUAAAAAACCAGAUCUAAAUGUCCGUCUGGUCAUGGCCCGUCUGAAGUUGUAUCUACCCCCUUACAUAAAAUUCAAAAGAACAAAAUUCCUGGUCCUCCUGCUCACUCUCAAUAAUUGGAUGAACGAGUGUAAACGAAGCAACGCUUGCUUCGACUUGACUCUCCGC